AUGGGGCAGAGUAAAGGACAAACAGGUUUGGAAACAAGAACUGAAGUAUCCUGUGAAAUAUUAAAGGGAAUAUGCCAAGAAGAUAACUUCAACAGCCCAGAGUCAGUUAAUGGAUGGAGCAAUAAAUCAGUGGUUACUGAAUUCAUUUUGUUGGGCCUGUCUAGCUCUCAAGAUAUUCAACUCUUCCUCUUCUUUUUCUUCUCUGUGUUUUAUGGAGCUGCGGUUUUGGGAAACAUCCUUAUCAUCCUCACAGUAAUUACAGACUCUAGCUUACAUUCCCCAAUGUAUUUUCUUCUUAGCAAUCUCUCCUUUAUUGAUGUGUGUCAGGCUACAUUUGCCACUCCCAAGAUGAUUGCAGACUUCCUCAAUGAACACAAGACCAUCACCUUCCAGGGAUGCAUGUCACAAAUCUUUUUCUUGCAUGUUUUUGGGGGUAGUGAGAUGGUGCUUCUUGUUGCCAUGGCCUAUGAUAGAUAUAUUGCUAUUUGCAAACCUCUGCACUACAUUACCGUCAUGAGCCGAAGGGUGUGCACUAUUCUGGUGGGAGUCUCCUGGACCAUUGGUAUUCUGCAUUCAGCCAGCCACCUGGCAUUCACAGUCAAUCUUCCUUUCUGUGGACCCAAUAAGGUAGACAAUUUCUUUUGUGACCUUCCCCUUGUGAUCAAGCUUGCCUGCUUAGAAACAUAUGUUUUAGAGAUCCUCGUGCUAACCAACAGUGGUCUGCUCUCUCUUAUCUGCUUCCUCCUUUUGCUCAUUUCUUAUACUAUCAUCCUUGCUACUGUCCAUCAGCAAACCUCUGGUGGGACAUCCAAGGCACUUUCCACCCUGUCUGCCCACAUCACUGUUGUGGUUUUGUUCUUUGGCCCAUUAAUCUUCAUUUAUAUUUGGCCUUUUGAAAGCUUCCCAAUUGAUAAAUUUAUUUCUGUGUUUUUUACUGUCUUCACUCCUGUCCUUAACCCCAUGAUCUACACAUUGAGGAAUAAAGAUGUAAAGGAAGCCAUGAAAAAGCUACGGAACCGACAUGUGGGUUCUAAGCAAAUAUAUUACAAAGCUGUAGUAAUCAAAACAACAUGGAACUGCAGUACUGCCCUUCUUGGUCAAGCUUGCCUCAGUGUCAGUGCAGCAUGUCCCUUCCCCAUAGGACGAGCAGAAACCUCUGCCCAUACCAUGUCUUCGGACCAGAGAGUUCUGAAGGGCUUCAGUUCUAGUGGAAGUAGCAUCAGGCCAGAGCAGACCAGAGCACACCUACCUAAAACUCAACACAUUCUGAAAAAAAACAAACAUUGCUCACAGCAGGUAAGGAAUGCCUCUGCAGACUACUGUCCUGAAGGACAGAGAAGCCAAGAUAGAGACACUCACUAA